GGAUAGUCGUAGAGCGUCCCCCACUCGACGCGUCCGAAUUUUCUGCAUUCGAGCGGUGCGAAGAGUUUUCGGCGGUCGCAUUCGCGAGCGGUGCUCCCAACGGCUCGGAGCGUACGUACACCGCAGGCCACGGACGGCGGCGCGCGCGCUGCAAUUAUGCGGAAGUGAACACGCCACAGCGACCUACGGUGCUAAUGCUAAACUAACCAAGUGCUCAAGUGUACAGUGAACACACACUCGGUGAUACAAACUAUGAUAGUUGUGCAUAGCUCACUAGAGCUCUAAUGGUUUUCUAAUAACGAUACAUGGACACUGGAAUUAACGAUAUGGAUUCGAGGGCAGGUAUCCGAGGCGGCCCGGGCAUGGACUCGCAACAGCAGCAGUACUGCCUGAAAUGGAACAGCUUCGGUUCAAACCUGGCGACGUCUUUCGCGAACCUCUGGAAUUCGGAGAGUCUCGCAGACGUAACUCUGUAUUGCGAAGGUCGCCAGUUCAAAGCCCACAAGGUGAUCCUGGCAGCGUGCAGCAAACAUUUUCAAGAGCUGUUCGACACAGCGCCACCGAGCCAUGCUGGGGCCUGCUACGUUAUCCUCGAAGCCACUACUGCGGACAACAUGCAGGCCUUGCUCGAAUUCAUGUACAAAGGAGAGGUUCAUGUCAGUCAGGAUGCGCUGUCCAGCUUCCUCAAAAGUGGGGAGAAUUUACAGGUUAAAGGGUUGUCGAUGGAGAUGUCCCCGGAUGCGUGGGUGAAGCAACAGGCCACACCCACCACGGGGGAUCGUCAGACACGAGUCAAGACGAGUCCGGUUUCAGGGAAUGGGAAUGGUGAAGUACAGGAGUCUGCUCCGCCACAGUCCCACACGGCUACGUUCGCCCCGAUCAUGUCACAAUACGGUAUGCCGAUCCACACGAGCGGUGGUAACAUGGGCCGGUACGCGCCGCCAGCCCAUCUACCCAUUCACUCCACUUCUCACCGACGACCCGCCCCUCCGAAACCCUCGCCAGCGCAGAGCCCACAUGCUAGGAAUUACAGACAAAGUUCGUCAUCAUCGCACUGCGGCAGCGUAGCCGACGAGCCGGAUACGCGGUCUUCGCCCGGCGCAAGCGCCCGGUAUGAAGACAACCCGUCUGACUGUACGUCCACUCUCGGGAACGCCAUAAAGAACAAUGGCUACGAACGCAGCGCAUCGGCCAAUGACGAGAUGGUAGACCACAUGAAUAGCGAACAAGGUGCAGAAGAUCUUCGGAUAAAAAGCGAGAAUGAUUACCACGCGGCCACCUAUAACAGCUCUCCACCUCCGCCGGCGUCGGUGCCCACCACCAACUACCACGACAAGCCCAUGGCUACGUCGCCAUUGCCGCCCAAACCUAGCCCAGAAAUCUGGCCAGCCAAGAUUAUUACUAGCAAGUCUGGAGGGAUUGCAACAGCUGAUGGUAAAAAGCUAAAGUGUCCAUACUGCGAGCGACUAUACGGCUACGAGACGAACCUGCGCGCGCACAUCCGACAGCGGCACCAGGGCAUCCGCGUGCCGUGCCCGCACUGCUCGCGCACCUUCACCAGGAACAACACCGUGCGCCGGCACAUUGCGCGCGAGCACCGCCACCAGGUCACCCCCCACCUCCCGCAAGGGCCCCUCCCCAAUCAUACGCAGUAAACCCCUUUUCGAACAAUCCUCUCAACCGAACUACCUCUGCUCUUUUCGGCCGGCAGCGGCGGCUGUUCCUGUUCCGUUUUCGAAUUUUUAUUGCCUGUCAGUUCUGGCUCAAAAAUACGAUUAAGAAAAUAUAUAGGUAUAAUAAGUCCAAUUACGAAUUUCAGCAUUUCCUAAUUUGAAUUUUUCAAAGAAAGUUUUACCAUCUUAUAUCUCUGGUUUCUUUUAUAUGAAUAGUAUUUUUUUUGUAGGCGUCAGAAAAAGUGGACGCUUUUUUUUAAUUCCAAUUUCAAAUAUCCGCCUACCUGCGGGUUUUGGUUAUAUUUAAGGACCGGCCGCCAUUGCCGCGCUCUCGUAACAUGCGUACAAUAAAUUACCUCGUUGAUAUAUUAUUGUAAUCAGUAAUCUACCUCAGAAAUUGAUCUUAAGAUUUUUUUAAGGUUUUUAAAUUGUGCGAUAAUUGUUACUUAAUUUAAAUAUUCAAGUGUGACUUCGAAUGGUUGCUCAGUGCUCGUCUCUGUUCGGUACUUUGUUUUAAAAAUAUUGUACCUGUUGCAUUCUCAUCGCGUAUUAAUUUUCUGCAUACUUUAUCUAGUAAUAUUUGUCCAGUUGACUGUGAGAUAAGUUACCUUAUUCGUUUGAGCUCUCGGGUUUGACAUAGCUUAUUUAUAUCCAGAGCUAGGGAAUCUUAGAGAAGAUGUUGAGACUGACGGUCAUAGGCUAAGAGUAUGUAAAUAAUAGGAGAAUGUAUCUCGCCGUGACCUAAGUUGAGACACGCUGAAUUGCAUUGUGGCAAACUACCUCAGACUAAUGUUUCUUUUAUUUUUUUAAAUUAUAUUACAUAUUUCUAUGACAAUAGACUAUAUACCAGUUUAAGUUGCAUAAUCAAACACAUCUGUGAUAGUAUGACCGGCUACAUUUAUUUUUGCCACAUUGUCGUAAGGGCAGGGCAAGCGGACGGUGGUGUAGUUACUGUACAAAAAUCGAGCAGUUUUAAUUUUGUACAAAGUACAAUUUGCCCUAGAUACAUAAGUAGUUAGGUAAACAAAAGUGUUAUUAAAUAAAAUUGCAUGUAUGAUUAGACGCAUGAAUGUGUUAUCAAUAUCAGUCGUUCGUUAAGGCUCGCCUGUUCGGAUGUUACUAUUGAGACCAAAUAAUUAUAUGUUUCAAUGGGAUGGGAUCGAUUUUAACAUUCCGUUUAACAUUUCGUCGUAUUUUGAUGAAUGCCACUUACUACUUCUAUAUUCCUAGUCAUUUCAAGUGCAACCAGUUGAGAUUUUUAAUGGAAAUAAUUAUUUUAAAUGAUUAUUACGGCCAACGGCGGGCUGUUUGUAUUAUAUUUUGUUGAGAAACCGCCGUUGACCGAUGUUUCAACUACUGCAAUAGCAACAAGCAGAUGGGACAGUGCCAAAUACACAAUAGAAGUUCACAGUUUAUUUAUUUUAUUUUUAUUAUUAUUUUUUUUUGUUAAGUGUGAAUGUAGCGACUGUGUGCUAUUCCUGAUAUUUAGGAAUGAGUUGCAUUCAUAUUUAUUAUAUUUAUGUUUUAAGGUACACUAUAUUUAAUGCUUUAUGAAGGCUCAGCGACUUUUUUUAUACAGAUUAAAAAAAUCCUACCAUUUUGUAAGGCAACGUUUUAGUUAUCUUUGAAUGGUGGCUCACUCGUUAAUGAUAGUAAAAUACAGAAUACAUUUAACCCUUUUGCAUUUGCAACAUCGGCGUCCCUCUAGCACCUACGAUUUAAGAUGCUAUAUAUACGAUAGAAGCUAUGACAUUGUACCUAUACCUCAAUAUAUCAGAUCUUUAUAAACUGGCUGGUAAUUUAUAUUCUUUUUUUUUUAAAUGAAUGAUCGAUUUCUGAUCGUGACAAGCGUUGACAGUUGAGUUCGCUGUCCAAUCACAUUUAGAGUUAAAAAUGUAUGGAUGUGUUGCACGACUGUUUUCGGUGUGGAGGGGGGAGGUGAGGUUUAUGAUUAUCGUCUUUAAACCAGAAUCAGGUGGUUUGCUGGGUAUCCGACUCGAGAAAAUUGAGGUUUGGAGGAAAGCAGAAAUUGCAUUUUUUUUAGAAUUAUUUCGUCUGCAAGGAGUUUGAAGCCGAUAAGAGCUAUUGACAUGAGUAAUUCCAACUAAGUAGGUAUAUGCAUUAAGUCCUUUUUUCGUAUUCAGAGUUGUAAAUCUUUACGAAUGCAGAUUUAGAAAAUAUUUUCGGAUUAGUGCAAUAGAUUCAAAAUUAUUUCAUUAUUCACAAGAAUUAUGAUAAAUAUUCAAAAUUUAAAUUUACUUAGUUACUUUUCAUGAAAUUUUGCAUUACUUUUUAGUUGGAAUAAUUUCGUCGAUAUUCAAACCGUGAUACAAUUUCGCCAGGUAUUUUUGAUUCAUCAAAAGAUUUGGAGCCGUCAUUGCGUCAUGACGUUCGUACAUACGAUAAAUUUUCGAAAUAUUAUCAACAAGUGAAUAUAAUAUCAUUUAUUUUCAAAUAGUAAAGAUACACGUACAUAUAAGUGUACAAAUACACCAAAUAGCCAUUUCAAUGCACGAUUUAUAGAAAUAAAAUAUGACUGAUUUUUUUUCAGUCACUUUCUGGUUUCCUUUGAAUCUGAUUGGCUGAAAUCAAAUGACGUCAUCCAUUAACUUGCCAAUCACAGAGCUUGGAUAGGCCUGGAAUUAUUGUACCACGAUUUUUAUGUUGACCUUUAAAGGGGGACAGUUUAGGGAUGUUUUCAUCAGAGUCGGUGAUUAUUGUAAAAAUAUUACGUUUCAUAUAAUUGGCAUUCUUUCAGUAAGUGUAUUUGAUAGUUAAGGCAAAAAGGUUUUGCUGUUUCAAUUUGUUAACAAUGCGUUUUUAUUAUUAUUGAGAAAAGAAUUAAGGAAAAUUAUUGUUCUAUUUUUGUCUUCGUUUUAUUUUACUUAUGAAUUAAAAAUUCAUACUUGUGAUUUCUUUUGACAUUUAAUGUUUUUUGUGAUAUGUAAAAAAAGGAUUGUGUUAGCGCAUCACAUGUUUAAGCUUGUUUUAAUUUUGGGUGAAGCGUGCGAUGGGAUGAGCGAUUGAUUAGUCUAUGACACAAACGUCCCUAACAAAACGCAGUUUUUUCUCUCAAAAAUUUUAAGGUACAAAUGUUAGAUUACAAUUUCACACGUCAAUUUACAUUAUUUUUUCUAGUUGAUUUAAAUUGUAAAUUUAAUAAAUUGUAAUUUCUGGUGAUGAUUGUACAAAAUUACAGUAUACAUGAAUAUAAUUAUAACACGUCUAAAUUAAGUUGAUGCAUUGUUAAAGCUAAUUAGAGGACAAGUUAUUAGUCCCUAAAUAGUUGUAAUGUAUUCGAUGUGAUAAGAUAAUCACAUUAGUCGGUGUAUUGCAAUCCCCUCCAGACUUGGGCCGAUCUUCUCUAUAUAGUGGCUUUAAUUCUGUCUAGAAGGCAAUGGUUUAGUACAAGAUAACGUGUACGUUUUACCAAAUUUUUUGAAUUUCAAAAGUUUGGUAAAUCGGAUGCCGGUAAAGUUGGAUCCAACACUGUUACCAAUUUUUCUUCCAGCGAUUUUAUUUACAUACGUUCUAAUUUUGAAUUUAUUGAGUGUAAUAUUUUUAUAUACCUUCCUACCUAGGUACAUAUUGUGCUGUGAAGUUUUUGUUGGAUCAUAAUUUUAUUAUCUAUAUUUUGGGUACCGUUUGGAUGUUAACAUUGAUAAGGUGUUAGUUAAGUUUUUUUUUCUUUUAUUUGUAAAUAAAUCGCGAUGUGUCGUGAUGGUAAAGCCAAAGAUUGUUACGGGUAUGGUGACCCUCUGCCGUCACAUGGGCCCUGUGAUGAUUCCACAUUUAUAUGUUUUGGCAAAAAAAAAAAAAGAAAAGUACAUUCGCUGGUCGAUCUUUUGGUAAAUUGAAAUUUGCAAGUUUUGAAUGUUGACUCAUGCAAGGCCCUUUAGUAUAUUAAGUUUAUCUACCUCGAGGAAAUAACUUAGUUAUAAGUAAGCUUAUAGAUUUUUUAUAUGAGAAAAAAAUAUAAAAUUUAGUUCGUAAGCGAAAUGCGAAAAAUGAAAAAAAUAAAUUUAAAGUACAAAUAUGCUACCUCAGGAUUCAAUUUUUAGUAUGACUCCUAAUAGUAUUUUAUAUUUCAAAUUUUGAUGCUGUUCUAUUUUGUAGAUUACUUUUAAUACUGGCUGGAAAUCUUUCUACUCGUAUGUAAAUAAUUCUGAGUUUGAAAUCUAUGAAGCACAUUCAUUGAAUCUCUGGUUGGUAGUGGGUGCUUCGAACUAGGUUUUCUAGUUUGGGGUUCUCUUUAUUUAGUAUAAGUGUUAAUUAGGGUAGAUAUAAAAAUCUCAUCGACGUACCUCAGGCCCGCGCCACUCGGGGUCGGCUCAAGUCUCCACGUAAUCUAAAUGUACCUUGGUUCACUCUUCGGAGUAUAAAAAAAUAUUCAUAAUUUUAAUUAUUACUUUUCCCCAGUUACUUUUUUGUGUUGCAUAGAUGUUACUAUGUUUUAAGGAGAAAAAAAUGAAAAUUAUUGUUUGUUAGGUUUCUGCGAAUUAAAAAAAUGUAACAAAAUCA